AUGUCGGAAACGAGAAAUGAGAAAGAUAUGAAAAGUGACAAUGAUCCGGAACCAACUCAACAAUGCACAUUGGUCGAAGAAGUCAAAGAGAAGCCCGGCACCAACACCACCAACAACAACACCACCGACACAAGCACUUCGAAUGAGGCGAAAUGGGUGAAGACGCAAAUGUAUGCGAAGAUGGGUACACAAUAUCAGCCAUAUCGAGAUAUUUCAAAUGAGUUCAAGACAUUGAAAGAUUGGAAACCGUCGCAGUUUUCGAGUACGGCUUGGAAGAAGAAUGCCGAAAAAAAUCGAUAUGCUGAUCAAAUGUGCAUGGAUCAAACGCGAGUGGUUUUGAAGGUAAAGCUGACAAGUGUUGAACUUUUGAUGAAACAUAUCGAAAUAUAGCAAAUCGACCAUGAUGAUCACCAUUCCGAAGUCAAAAAUUGGCACAAAUGCAUGUUAGCACUUUUCUGGAGCUCCAAAGUUAGAAUUGGUUUUCGCCCAUUUUCACCGUGUUCCUGGGUGGAAAAUCAAUUUUUAUAACAUGAAUAAGGUUGUUCACCACAUUCGAAAACAUACCCACUUUUCAGUUUAUCACAAAAAUAUGAAAAACCAGCUGAAAACUGCAAUUUUUAAGAAAUUCCUGAAAAUACACAGAAACACACGUUUUUCAAAAAUUGCAGUUUUCAGCUGGUUUUUUCAUAUUUUUUGAAAAACGCUGCUAUGUUUUCGAAUGUGGUGAACAACCUUAUUCAAGUUAUAAAAAUUGAUUUUCCACCCAGGAACAAGGUGAAAAUGGGCGAAAACCGAAACUCAAUGUUAACUUUUUUUGAGCUCAAGAAAUGUGCUCACAGGCAUUUGUGUCAAUUUUUGGUUUCGGUAUCGUGAUCAGCAUGGUCGAUUUGGUAUAUUUCGAUAUGUUUCAGCAAAAGUUGACCUAUGCAAUUCCCAAAAAAAGCUUGUUUUCAAACCACACUUUUUCCAGAAUCGAGAAGGCGCUUGCGAUUACAUCAAUGCGUCUUGGAUGGAAAUGCCAGACGGCCGCAAAUGGAUUUCAACCCAAGGUCCCCUCAAAACCACCAUCGAAGAUUUCUGGCAUCUAAUCUACUCGGAAAACAUCAAAGUCAUCUGCAUGCUGUGCUGUUUUCAAGAGGAUGGUGUCGAAAAAUGCUCCGAAUAUUUCAACAUUGAGGGCAAAAAAUCGGAGACUUUUGGUAUCUACAAGGUUCGUAUCAAGACCAAGACAACUGAGCCGUUCUCAUCGAUUCGUCAGACGGUUUUGGAAGUUGAGAAGAAGAAUUCGAAAAGUCCGCCGGUUGUUGUGACACAUUUGUGGAAUUAUGGAUGGGUUGAUCAUUUUUGCCCAACUGAUACCACGCCAACUGUUUGGAUGUUGAAGACUGCCAUGAGCAUGGUAAGGAGCCCGAGUUAGAGGGAUCUAGAAAACCUUUUGAAAAUUUCAGACUGGCAAAACUCCAAUCGUUGUUCAUUGCUCGGCUGGAAUUGGAAGAACCGCCACUUUUGUCGGGAUUGAUUUCGCUUGCCAAAAGAUCAAACAAGAUCCGGAGAUCAAGAUGUGCGAUGUUCUAUUUAACUUGAGGAGAAUGCGGUAGGUUCCAUGAAUCUAGAAGCUCUAACCCCUAAAUCUUUGCAGCCUUCGCUCAAUCCAAUCUCAACUCCAAUUCGCCUUCCUCCAUCAAUGCAUCGUCGAGUGGUUUGCUCAAGCCAAUCUGAUUGCACGUGACGAACAAUUUGAAAAACUUCGAAACUGUUUUGAAUCGGUUGUAAAGAAGAUGAUCAAGACACAGGGCGAAGCAAAGAAACAGUAUUAUGCGGCGAAAGUGACGAGAGAAGAGAAGGAAAAAUCCAAGGCACAGCCAUCCAGAAAGAAGUGA